AUGUUGCGCGCUGCCGACGUCGCGGCCGUCGCCGUGUCCGCCUUCGCCGGCGUCGCCUUCGCCGCCGACGCCCCCGAGCCGAGCCCCACCUCCGGCGCCGCGGCCGUCUCCUCGUCGCUCGUGGCCGCCGUGCUCUGCCCGGCCGUCAAGCUCCUCCUCGGCAACCGCCCGCCGUGUGCUGUCUGUCAACAUGCGUCGCGUGAUGUCUUCUGCUUGCUUUGCUUGUGUUGUGUGUUCCUGACCUGUGCUUUGUACCACCCCACGCGUGGAAUUCUUUUGGUUCAGAGAUUCAGAUCGUUUCUGUAG